GUACUUACAUAUUUUCCCCAUGUUGCUACUGCCCAUUUUCAGUGUUGGGCUGCUAGGAAGACAUAAACAGAAAUACUUUACUAUGUAUUCGUCUGAAUCCAGGGUGGUGCAAUUAGGAGGAAGUUGAUCGUAUCUAACGUAACGCUAACAUCACCAUUUCCAAAGAAUUUGGACAAUACGCCAACGACUUCUCUUGGUUGUUCCCAUUCAGACUUAACGUUAUAACUGCACUAAAGUAGUCUAAAUGGCAGACUCAUGGUGGAACCAUGCGGCGGUCACCCACUCACUGGUGGCCCUCUUCGGAAUGGGCUCCUGGAUUUCAGUUAACUCCCUCUGGGUGGAGCUGCCAGUCAUAGUGAACGUUUUGCCAGAACGUUGGAAUCUCCCUGCUUACCUGUCGGUGCUGAUCGCCUUUGGGAACAUAGGUCCAGUGAUGGUAACGCUCAUACAUCGCUUUGCCCCCCAUCGUCUGAACGAGCAGCUGUUGAUCCACUGUAUCCAGGCCCUGGCAGUGGUGGCCGCCGCCCUGCUGGCGAUUGUCUGGGACUACGAGACCGAGGUGGCCGGUCGCAAGCACUCGCUAGCCUUCCUGGUGCUCACCUUCGUCCUGGCCUUCGUCUGCUGCACCUCCAACGUCUCGUUCCUGCCCUUCAUGUUCCGCCUCCCGCCGCAGUUCAUCCGCACCUUCUUCAUCGGCCAGGGCCUGAGCGCGCUGUUCCCGUGCAUGGUGGCGAUCGGCCAGGGCGUGGGGAAACUCGAGUGUAACAUCGUCAACGGCACCGUGAAACCCGAGCAACUGCCCGAGAACUUCCCGGCCCAGAACUUUUUCUGGUUCCUGUUCGUCAUGCUGGUCGUGUCGGGCCUCUGCUUCGCCGCGCUGAGCAAGAGGAUCUCUGGGGAUAGCGAAGCGCAGCAGGUUGCCGUUCCUGACCCCGAGCCGCAGACCGAGGAAACAGUGGGUGGGGAGACACACCCGCUUCAGAACGGGGAUGUAGUCGUGUGCAAGGAGGAGGAAGAAUUGGAAAAGCCUGCGGCAGCUCCUGAACCAGCGACCUUCUGGACGGCGAGAAACGUCUACUUGCUGUUGCUGCUGGGCCUCUCAAAUGCGUUGACCAAUGGGGUGCUGCCAUCUGUUCAGACUUUCGCCUGCCUUCCCUAUGGGACCAUGACUUUUCACCUGUCUGUCGUCCUCGGCAACAUUGCCAACCCUCUGGCCUGCUUUGUGGCCAUGUUUUUUCUCCUCAGGUCUAGUGUGGGACUGGGCAUAAUGGCCUGCGCUGGAGGUGUGUUUGCUGCCUACUUGAUGGCUCUGGCUGCCCUCAGCCCCUGUCCACCCCUCCUGGGCAGUGCAAGUGGCACCUCCCUUGUUGUGACCUCGUGGAUCAUUUUCACUGGGUUGUUCUCCUACCUGAAGGUGGUGAUCGGGACGCUGCUUCACGAGGCGGGCCACGCGGCGCUGCUAUGGUGCGGGGUGUUCAUCCAGGCCGGCUCCCUGCUCGGGGCGCUCUCCAUAUUCCCCUUGGUCAACGUCUAUGAGGUCUUCACCCGUGGCCAGGAUUGCGUGGACAACUGCAGCUGAGAAUCUCCCGCCCUCUCCCUAAGUGGUGUGGGGUGCAUCCCAAACUGGUGUUAGGGGUAAGAUGUGAUUCGGUCACGUCCCUAGACACACACACACACACACACACACACACACACACACACACACACACACACACAAUAACCUAAAAUAAACAACGGAAUCGUAGGGCAGGAUUGCUGUUUCGUAAGUUCUGUAAGCUAUACAAAGUGCCUUCAAGGUCGCCGGCUUGUUUAUGGCCACCUGUCUGGGUAUCCUCAGUGUCCCCUCCUUGCACUCACUACUUGCUGCUCCCACCUUUUCAUGAAAAUGAAACGUUCGUUAGACUCUAAUGUUGUAUCAGGAAACUGGAAUGUUUUAAUGAGUCAGUUGUAUGUUUUGUUCUUCUCACUCAGAUUUAUAAUGAUGAUGCUGAAAUAUUAUUAUGCCAGUCAUAAUAGAACACUCAAUGCCUUUUUACUGUAACUUUCUCAAAUUGCCUCUAACGGCAAGAUCGCAAGUAUUAUUUGCAGCCUUCAAUACAUAAACACUGACAGUAUUUUAACGGGUGAAAAAAAAAUACGAUGUCUCAUUGGAUGACAAGGCCAAGACAGUGCCAUUUUAAUCACAGAAAGAAUUUAAACAAAGGAGUGGACCAUCUUGUAGAUUCCAUAAGACCAUUGUAUACUGUAACAUGUCUGACACAACUGAUGCUCCAAACUGUGGAAAACUUCUCAGUGAUGCUGUAUGUACCUUUAUAUUUUCUACAACAAGGAGGUCAGUAUAAUCAUGGGAAACCAUUACGUCACAUAUCUUUGAGUUUUCUUUGUUAUUUUAAUGCAAAUGCAAAAUUGUAUUUGCAUAUAUCUAGGAAAGUUAAUUUCAUUGGCUCUUAAUCAUUAUUUGAGGGAAGGAACUACUGAAUUAGAGCACUAUUAUAGCACAAACAUAGUUGGUAUGUAUAACUGAUUUUGUAAUGUUGCCAUUGUUUAUAUUUUAUGUUUAUUUUGAUGAGGUAGUGUUUGUUAUUGUUUCUCAGUUUGAUUUCAUGUUAAUUUUUUGAAGUGCAUAUUUUCAGUCGUUGCCUAAACAUGGCUUUUUUCCCCAAAAAACAUCUUGUCCAUGGAUAUACCAGGGAAGUUGUGGUUUGUUCAAUGUCCAAUUAUGAACAACCUUCAGUUGAUGUAGUAUAGAACAUCAGGGGCCAUUCAGAUAGUGAUAUGUUAUAUUAUGGCUAUAUGGGUAAUAUUACUUUCCACUAGUAUGCUAAGAAACUGCUGGUUGUUUUCUCACAUCUGUAUUAGUAACUGUAUUAAUGUAGACCUGAAGGAUUGUGUUCCAAGAAAACUGUUGCUAAAGUGAAGCCAGUGAGAUGCAUUACCAAUUGAAUUCCUGAGAAGUGUGAUUUGUAUUCUGAAAUUAUUGUAACAGUUAGCACUAUUAAUUGUAGCUCAGGGAAGUCCAAAUCAAAGCCUUUUCUUCUUUUGGCCUCAGAUACUCUGACUUACUGUAUGUGUCAUGCCGAAAGUAGUAUUGUAGCUAAAGGGACCUUUCAGUUGAAGUGGAGCAUUCUGUUUUGUAUGGUCAUUCCAUUUACAUCAGAUUACUUUGUCAUACAUACGUUAGACAAACCACACAGUGGGAAAACAUGCUUAAACAAACAUGCUGACUUCAUCAUUGAUGACUAUCUUGUGUGCAACUUUUUUGACAUUUUAAUGAUUUGUUUUCCCUUUAUAUUGUUGUGCCUGAUGAGGAAUAAUUGUGAUGUUGACAUGUGGUCCUCGUAAAAACAACGGAUAUUUAUCAUAGUGUUUCAGUGUGUAAUAAUAUCAUUUCUACAUAUGUGAUAUAUGAUGAUUCAACAAAUUCAACAGAAUUAAAGGAAAAAAAUGUGUAUCUUAGUCUACCUGAGAGAUUAUAUAAUUGACUCUGAGCCGACACUAAAAUUGUGUUUACCAUGGCACUGAGACCAUAAGCUAUUAUUACACCAUGCACUUAUCCCUUCAUCCAAUCUAUCUUUUUUUUAAUCUUUCAUAUUUUAAAUGUUAUAAUAAAAUGGAUUCUUUCUUUAAUUCAUUAUGGGUUUUUUUCCCUCUCUUAAGGGGAGUCAAGCAGGACUGGUCACUUUUGUGGUGUAACAAGAAUGUAUGGUUUUAUGUACUGUAAGCCUUUUGAAAUAAAUGAUGAUGACCAUAACCUUG